AUGAUGUCUGACGAUCAACGUCAAUUUUAUAACAGCUUGACUUAUGAAGAGCGUCAGCUGUAUGAGGGCAGUAUGGGUCUCCAAAGUCUCCACGCUGCGGGCUAUGGAGCUGGCUCUAGCGGGACGGCCGGCCAAAUGCCACAGCUCGGUGCUGACGACGACAGCAUGUUGAUGGAUGAUGAUUCUCAGCCUUCGUCUGCUGCCUACAACCCCGAGUUGGAUGAGAAUUCGGAUCUUGCACAAGGGUUCGGUGAGCUAUGGUGGGAGAGCUCGCAGCAGCACCAGUAG